CGCGCGCUCUCUCUCUCCGACGCCGAGCCUCCAUUUGUGAGCAAGCAGAACGAUGCAAGCUCUUGCUCCUGUUGCCGCCGCCCAGUAAAGAGAACCACUGAGUACCUACAGAGCUCCUGUUUACCUGACAAAGCCAGGACCGUACCGAAAUUUCGCAGACAACACCCAGAUUGGGAGAGACAGAGAGAGACGUAGAGAGAGAGAGAGAGAGAGAGAGAGAGAGAGAGAGAGAGAGAGAGAAACAGAGAGAUACAGAGAGAUACACAAGCUCUCAUUUCCGAUUCGUUCUCUCACAACGUUGCUCGCAGGAUUUAAUGCUCUAGCUGUAGUCACCGAGAGAGAGAGAGAGAGAGAGAGAGAGAGAGAGAGAGAGAGAGACUGACUGACUAGGAGAGGGACAGGGAAGAAGAGGUAGCCUUUCGAAGGGGGAAAACGGAUUGCUCGGUAUUUCCGCCGCACCUUUUCACUAUUUUGGAGCACACGAAGAGCCGAGGUUGGUCUAGUCAUGGGAUGUACACUGAGCGCCGAGGAGAGAGCAGCUUUGGACAGGAGCAAAGCGAUCGAGAAGAACCUGAAGGAGGACGGAAUCACCGCGGCCAAGGAUGUGAAACUGCUCCUGCUAGGGGCUGGUGAGUCCGGGAAAAGCACCAUCGUCAAACAGAUGAAGAUUAUCCAUGAAGAUGGCUUCUCUGGAGAUGACGUGAAACAAUAUAAGCCUGUGGUGUACAGCAACACCAUCCAGUCCUUGGCUGCCAUUGUUCGUGCCAUGGACACCCUCGGCCUAGAGUAUGGAGACAAGGAGCGUAAAGCCGAUGCAAAGAUGGUGUGUGAUGUCGUGAGUCGCAUGGAGGACACCGAGCCCUACUCUCCUGAGCUCCUGACCGCCAUGAUGCGCCUGUGGGCCGAUUCAGGCAUUCAGGAGUGCUUCAGCCGCGCCCGUGAGUACCAGCUCAACGACUCAGCCCAAUAUUACCUAGAUAGUUUAGAUAGGAUUGGUGCUCCAGACUACCAGCCCACAGAGCAGGACAUUCUGAGAACCCGAGUGAAGACCACUGGAAUCGUCGAGACCCACUUCACCUUCAAGAACCUGCACUUCAGGCUGUUUGAUGUGGGAGGUCAAAGGUCAGAAAGGAAGAAGUGGAUCCAUUGCUUUGAGGAUGUGACUGCCAUCAUCUUCUGCGUGGCUUUAAGUGGUUAUGACCAGGUGCUGCAUGAAGACGAGACCACGAAUCGCAUGCACGAGUCUCUUAUGCUGUUUGAUUCCAUCUGCAACAACAAAUUCUUCAUUGACACUUCCAUCAUUCUCUUCCUCAACAAGAAAGACCUGUUUGCUGAAAAGAUCAAGAAAUCACCCUUGAGUAUCUGUUUCCCAGAGUACACGGGCCCUAACACUUACGAUGACGCAGCUGCUUACAUCCAAGCACAGUUCGAGAGCAAGAACCGCUCGCCCAAUAAGGAGAUCUAUUGUCACAUGACCUGUGCCACGGACACAGGGAACAUCCAGGUGGUGUUCGACGCCGUCACCGACAUCAUCAUCGCCAACAACCUGCGAGGCUGCGGCUUGUACUGAGGCCACUCUUACUCUCUCGAGCCAAUUCCUUUGAAAAUGAUUAUUAUCAAAAAUGCAAGUUGGUAAAUAAUAAUGAUGAUAAUUUUAAAAUAGGCAUAUAUAUAAAUAUAUAAAUACUAUACAUAAAAUGUUUUUAGUUUGUCAAAGAGCUGCCAACAGAACUGAUUUCUUAUAGAAACCCAGCCUUUAUGGUUUUAGAACAAAGUUGGGACCUUGUUUUUUUUGUUUGUUUUCUUCUUUGCUGUUUAAUGUUUUAUUUUACCUUGUUUUUUUUUUCACUGUGUCUUUUUUUGGUUUGAACUAAACUUAUUAUUGUUCUGGAAAAUAUCUUUCUUUUACUAUAUUUUUAUGUUUUGUUUGUUGUCUGUAUAUUUAUUAAUUGUAUAUCAGUCGGGGGGCUGAGCGAUACACGUUUUGCCUGAGUAUAUAAUGCUACGCUAAUGAUGAUGUAAUUAUUGUGGAUGCUAAUUAUGAGGUAAUGGGGAAAACAUCAACAAAAAAAAAAGCUUAGACAGUUACUCACCAGGGAUAAAAGUCAGUCAAAGCCAAACUGCAGUUGUAGCGUGUUCUGUACUUUGGGUUUGAAUUAGAUUGGGUUUUCAUGGCAACAUUUCUGUUAGCUGGUCAAAAUUAUGGAGAAGGUGAACCCCCAGGACUGCACUCUACACGCUUCCUUUUCUCGUUUUGUUGAGUAUUGUUCAGUCUGUGUGUUCUGUUACUGGCAUGUGCCAGCUGAAUUUGCUGUUGGUGUCUGGGGCCAUGCUGAGUAUGAGUUUGAGCCCCUUGACUAGUUCCUGAUUAUUACAAUUGUCAUAUCAGUGCCAACCUUGUGAGAACGAUGGGUCUGGGAAACUAGCAACACUAGUAAACUUUAAUGACAACCUUAUUAACACUGUCGUUUAAGGAACUUCUACUUUUUUAUUGUUUUAUUAAUUUAUUAAUUUAUUUAUUGAUCACCUGUCCCGCACACCUCAAUCCCACUGUUCCGCCUUCCCUCAUUACUCUUUUCCUAUACUUCCUGUUUUAGUUUGUCUUCAGGCUGGGUAACAGAGUCAGUCCCCUCUGACAGGUCCUGACACACAUAGCAUGACCCUUUGGCCUUUGUAUAAAGAAACAGCUACCUGCUUCACUUAGAUAAAAUCAACAAAAUAAAUAAUAAUAAAAACCCACAAAAGGUAAAAAAAAAAAUAGCAAAAAAAAAAAAAGUAAAGAAAAAGUAAAAAAGUAAAAAAAAAAAACAAUCGCAACAAAGGGAGACCAUUGUGUAAGCUGGGGUUUGGGGGGAGGGUGGGGUUGGGACAAAUACCCUCAUAACCAACAAUAUGGUGCCGAAAGGAUAAAGGCCGUCGGGCUGCGUGUCUUUAUAGGAGGCUGUAGAUCCUCUGGUUCUAGAUUCUUUUCACGUAGACUUAAUCCAAAAUAAUAAUUGACAAGAAUAAACAGUGAUAAUAAAGAUAAUAUUAAAGAUGACAAGUCUGUAAUAUUAAAAGUAUAUUACUUGUGCUUUGUAGCUACAGAACGUUUUUCUUCUUUCCCCCCCUUUUUUAAAAAAAAAAGAGAAAUGUUUUUCAAGGGUUUCUGCAAUUCACUCUUGAAGCACUCUUACUGACCAAUGUUGAUGUUGAACUGUACCAAUUCCCUUUUGCCUGUUUGCCCUGCAUUGCAGUACUUAGCCAGAAAAAGAAAACAGUAUAUGUAUCUUUUUAUUUUAUUACUUUUUUUUGUUUUGUUUAUUUGAACAACCACUUUGUGGUGUGCAGGCCCAAAGGGGUGGAUGCACUAGGCUGUACAGACUUCAUGCGCUUUCUCUUCCUUAUGCAUUAUUUCUUUUUGGGGGAAUUGUAUUCAAGAGAAAAAAAAAAAGAAAACCCUUUCCAGGUCUGCAUAGAAAAGCACAGCUCUCACUUGACACACGUAGAUUUGGAAUGAUGUAUAUCACCUCCCUCCACCUGCCGCCUUAGUUUGACUCAUGGAAAAAGAAGAUGAAGAAAAAAAACACUCAAACCCUGUGUAUAAUAACAUAUACCAGUUACGCUUUGGGAUAUUCUUUUCUCCACAUGCCCCUUCCCCCAAUUUUCAUUUUGGCCUUUCUUUUUACCCUCUCCCAGUGAAUGCUUUCUGUGCUGCUUAUUUCUCCCUCUACUUUAGUGAAUGGUUGUUCUUUCAUGUGGGAUGUUCGUGCUGGAAAACCAAUCGAAUGUAGUGUUUACAUUAAAAGCCACAGUUUUCAUGACUACAAA